CCUGUCGGGAAUCGGGGGAAACGGAUCCUUUAGGGAAAGGUAAGCACAUAAAACAGCCCCAAACAGAGACUCUGAGCUGAUCGCCGGGCUGCUGCAGAGAGAGAGAGAGAGAGAGAGAGAGCGCACUGACUGACUGACUUCUGCUGCCUCUGCGUCUGUGCUCCUGCUGAUAAUCAAUCAAUCAGUCACUAAAUCAGCUGAUCUCGUUCCCGCAGCAGAAGACAAGCGUGCGUGGAGUCUGGCUCACUUCCGUGUGUUCCUGCUUCUUCACAUCUGGACGUGUUUAUCAUCUCACGCGCGCUUUAGAGGAGCAUGCUGGGGGAAAACUGGAGCUCGAGGUUCUUCGCUGGUUUGCUGGUUCUCCUCCAGGCCAGCUCAUAUGUGAGCAGUGCGGACCACGACUCCAGACCCAACUUCGUCCUGAUGAUGGUGGAUGAUCUGGGCAUUGGAGACAUCGGUUGCUAUGGAAACGACACCAUCAGCACACCAAACGUGGACCGUCUGGCGGCAGACGGAGUGAAACUGAGCCAGCAUCUCGCCGCCGCUCCGCUCUGCACUCCCAGCAGAACCGCCUUCAUGACGGGACGCUACGCUCUGCGCGCCGGUCUAGGCAGCACAGGCCGAGUUCAGGUGAUUCUGUUUCUCGCUGGAUCUGGAGGACUUCCACCGAAUGAAACCACCUUCGCCAAACUCCUGCAGAAGCAGGGCUACACCACCGGCAUCGUGGGUAAGACGUGUCCAGUCCAGUCACGCUUUACACAGUACAGAUCGUUCUGAAGCAGCUUCACACUGAUGCACAGGAGAAUCAGUGCAAUCUUCAUCAAACGUGAGACUGAUUCAAAUGCUGCUGUGAAGCAGAUACAGCAAGACGGUGUUUAGCUCAAGUCAGAAAUGUUAAAAAUGAUAGUAUGCAUAAAGAAAUCCACUGAAGAGAUAGAUCACGAUCAUAUACUCACCCUCAUGUUGUUCCAAACCUGUGUGACGCUUGAAGAGCUUUGGGAACCAAA